AUGGCCGCUGAAACAUCCACAAGGCGCUCAGGAACUACUCGUGCUCGCCAGAGUAGAGCUUCCCGUGAAUCUUCUAAAUUAGAACAAUCAAACUCCCGUCCUGCUACUCCAAUCCCCGUAGACGAUGGAUCCCAAGAUGCUAUUCUAAUCGAGACCAAACAAACAGUCUCUCAACAACAACAGCAACAGCAACAGCAGCAACAACAAUCAGCUCAAAAUAAUAACAACCCUACAUCACAUCUCUCCCAACAGCAACAACAACAACAACAACAACAACUUCCAUCUAAACCUUCCCAUUAUCCAGGCCUAAAUGAUAUGGCAGACGCGCUCGAAGCUUUACCCAUGGAAAUCAUCCGUCACUUUACCCUCCUCCGCGAAAUCGAUGCAAAAUGUGUCACCACCACCCCAGAACUCACCCGUCUCAUCAAAUACUUUCUCGACAUGCCUCUCCCAGCAAGAGCCCUGGAAGCUGCCGCCGAACUAGCCGGUGGACCAAACAAAAUCUCACUCGCUGCCCAAAACAAAAUUGCAGAAUUGGCUCGUGAACGUGAAAAGGUUCUAGCCAAUAUCCGCCAGCUCAUUCGUGAACUCAUGCCCUGUCUAGAGGAAAAAAUGCAUGUUGCAGGAGUCGCUGCCGAUGCCAUUGCACGCCACGUAGCACGUCUCGAUUAUGACUUUGAUAAACUCAUUGUCGCAAAUAAUGAAAUCCCCCAUGAAAUCCGUUACGGCCCUAAAAUCCAUCCAGCUUACCUCCCCAUAGUCACAGCCGCUGAACAAAAACAAGCCCAUAAUACCCGCUCAGAAGCCCGAAGAGAAGCAAUGGCAGCUAAAAAGGCUGCUGCUGCAGCUGCCGCUCAAGCCCAGGCCCAAACCCAAGCUGCUGCUACUGCUGCCGCUGCCGCCGUGGGAAGUGCAGCUGCUGCUGCUGCCGCUGCUGCUGCCAAUGGUGGCGCGUCUUCCGGUGCAGGCCGCACAGGAACGCCACGUGCAGAUGGAGACUCAAAGUCAUCAUCAUCAACAUCCCGAGGCAACAAGUCUGGAAAUGCCUCUGGGACAUCUACAUCUUCCAAACGACGCAAAACAGCUGCUGCAACUGGGACCGCGACGUCUGGAAAUAGCGGACGCAAUACAAAUAAUUCACACUCAACUAACCACGGCGCAGAAAUAUCAGGCAACCAAAAGGGAACAAACUCAACCACAGGAGGGUCCGGAUCAUCAUCAUCGUCGUCAACAAAAAAUAAAAACUCAGAAGAUCGCAAACGCAACAACAGUGCUACAAGUAGCUCCGUUAACCAAACACAAUCUAAUAACAACAAGAGGAAACGAAAUAGCACUACCAGUACCCAGGAUGAGCAUAAUAAGAGUGAACGGUCGGCGCGGCGUGGCCCUGUCACAGAUGAUGAUGAUGAACAUGAUGAACAUGAAGAAGGAAGAUCAUUGAAAAAAUCAAAUACUGGCCAGUCAACGUCCUCUUCAUCAUCAUCCAGCUCUUCGCAAAAGAAAAAAUCAGGAAGUGGGUCUGCAGCUUCUACAUCAUCUUCAGCCAAUGCAGCAGGAGGACCAAACGCAUCGACAGGCCAGGGAUCUGGCAAUUCUGUGAGUGGGGGAACAUCUGGAUCUGGAGGAAGUAGUAGUGGUUCAAUCAAAAAGAAAAAGAUUGUUGGUGGACCUGCAUCUUCUUCUUCCUCUUCUUCAACAUCGGCAUCUUCUUCAUCUUCAAGGAAAAGCAAAAAGAACAGUGAAAGAAGCGGAGCAUCUAAUGCUCCAGCAGAAAAUGAAGAUGAUAUGCUGGAUGAUGACGAUGAAGCUGAAAUGGAUGAAGAAGAUGAAAAUGAUGAAGAUGAAGAUACCGGUGCAAACUCUUCUACAAGUGGUAGCCGUCGGCCACACUCAAAUAACCCUUCGAGUUCUUCAAAGAAUUCAUCUUCCAAAGCUAACGCUGAUGCUGCUGCUGACGCUGACGCUGACGCUGACGCUGCUGCUGACGCUGCUGCUGCUGCUGCUGCUGCUGCUGCUGCUGCUGCUGCUGUGUCGAAUUCUGGUGAAUCAGAGCUGGUGUAUUGUUACUGUCAACAAGUUUCAUAUGGCGAGAUGGUAGCAUGUGAUGGUCCUCACUGUAAAAAGGAAUGGUUUCAUCUACCGUGUAUUGGGUUAAGUUCUCCCCCCGAGGGCCAAUGGUUUUGUCGUGAUUGUAAGAAAGAAAUUGCAAGACAGAAACGUGGUCUGGACCGGAAUGGAGAUAGCAGGGAUGGGACUAGUGCUGGAGAUGGUUUAAAAGGUGAAGGUGUAAGUGUAUAA